AACACUGCUUAAAAUCGCUCAUGUUUAUUGUUUGAUGAAGAGCAUAAGUGCUCUGAUGAAAAGUAUUGAUUGAAAAAUAUUAAUUAUUUUACUGUCUACAACAUUUUUAUACGAAUGUUUCUGUUAAAAAUAUUCUUUACAUACGAACUGUUUCGUUUCAGCUUAUUCAGAAAUUAAUAGCUGUGUCAACUUCCAUGAUUUGACAGCAAGAAAAGCGUCACUAAGUUUUAAUUAUCGACUUAACAUUUAAUUGCAUAUGUAUUAUGUGCAAUUCUAUAAUUUGUUUGUUUUAUAAAGGCAUAUGGGACAGGAUUAUUAUUUCAACAAGAAAUAGUGUAUUUUUGUUGAUUUAGUUACGAGGAUUGAAGAAAAAUUCAAAAAUGCCAAAAGCAUCAUUGAAGGCAACACCUAAAAUUGUUUAUCCUACUGGUGUUAAGGAAAUUAAUAAUGACCUUAGCACUGAUGACUUAGUGAGAAGGUUGAAGGAAUGUGCUCAGUCAUUCCAGAAUAUGAGCCAGGAGGAUGAUAAUUCUGCAUACAUUCCACUUGCUAUGCAUUUAGUUUCUGAAUGUUUCUUAGAGCAUCCUAGUAAAGAUGUCAGGCUUCUAAUUGCUUGUUGUAUAGCUGAUGUAUUUAGAGUUUUUGCUCCUGAUGCCCCUUAUAAAGAUCCUGAACAGUUGAAGGCAAUUUUUUAUUUUUUUAUCGAGCAACUUCAAGGUUUAGAAGAUCCUAAAGAUACAAUUUUCAAGCGUUAUUUUUAUCUCCUGGAGAACUUGGCAUGGGUGAAGACUUUCAAUAUUUGUAUAGAAUUAGAAGAAAAUCAACAGAUAUUUUGUAAACUUUUUAAACUUAUCUUCAACAUUGUGAAUGAUAAUCAUUCAGCCAAAGUGAAAAAUUUUAUGUUGGAUAUGAUGUGUCCUUUACUCCUUGAAGCAGAUACUAUUACACAACCAUUGCUGGAUAUAAUAUUGGAUCAAAUAGUUGAACCAAAAAAGACACAAAACAAAAAUUCCUACAAUUUAGCCAGAGAUAUUAUUAAAAGAACACAUGCUACUUUGGAACCAUAUGUUCAUGCUUUUUUCAACAAUGCUUUGAUUCUUGGAAAAGUUGACAGCAUAUUGCUGAACAAACUGUAUGAUUUAAUUUAUGAAUUAAAUGCUAUAUGCCCCAGUAUGCUUGUAGCUGUACUUCCUCAGCUGGAAUUCAAAUUAAAGAGCAGUGUGGAAAAAGAACGCCUUGAUGUGACUAAACUUCUGGCUCGAAUGUUCUCUGACAGAAACUCAGAUUUGGCUACUCAGAAUAAAACUUUAUGGUCAUGUUUCCUUGGACGAUUUAAUGACAUAAGCUGCCAAGUUAGAAUCCGCUGUGUGCAGUAUGCUAUGCAUUUCUUACUCAAUCAUCCUGAGCUAAGAGCUGAUAUAACAGAACAAAUGAAAUUGCGACAACAUGACCCAGAUGAAACUGUCAGAUAUGAAGUUGUAAUGGCUAUUAUUAGUGCAGCAAAAAAAGAUUUUAAUUCUGUCACUGAUGAACUCCUUGAUUUUGUGAAAGAGAGGACUCUGGAUAAAAAGUUUAAAAUAAGGAAAGAAGCUCUUUUGGGUCUUGCUAUGUUAUAUAAACAACAUAUGAGUAAUCCAGAAAUACCAGAAUCUACAAAAGAAUGUAUUUCUUGGAUUAAAAACAAAGUUCUUCAUGUUUAUUAUCAAACAGCUUUGGAAGACAGAUUAUUAGUUGAGCGUAUUCUUCACACUUGUUUGGUACCAUAUCAAAGUCCUCUAGAAGAACGUAUGAAGAAACUUUAUCAACUGUUUUGUUCAGUCGAUGAAUAUGCUAUAAAGGCUUUCAAUGAACUGUUGAAAUGUCAAAACACUGUCAGAAACUAUGUAAAAGAUGUUCUUGAAGUGUUAUGUCAAACUACGAAACCAGAAGGUUAUGAGAAGUUGUUAGCAAGCAAGAUUUAUGUAUUAGCAAAAACUCUUCCUGAACCUAUUAAAUGCCAGGAGUACUUAAAGAAAUUCUUUGGAUUGCUUCAAAAUAAUAACAGACUUAGAAGUCAUAUGGAUACUAUUCUUAAAGGGUCAGCAACAUGUUCAGAAAUUGAAUAUAGUGUGAAAGAAGUGUUAAAAUCUCUUGGCCUUCCAGUUCAAACUAAUAGUUUUUACAUGAUUGUGAAGCAAAUGUUGGAACGUGUUGCACCAGUAAUGAUUGAUUUAGCUGGAAUAAAGCAACUUUUAAACUAUAUUAAAGAUUCUUUGAUUGGGACAGGAGACAUAGAUAUUCAACUUGGACUUUUUAAUUCAGCUGAAAGAGGCCUUACACUUCUUCAGAUUCUGUCUUCAAUAUUUCCUGGUGCAUUCUGUAACAACUAUGUUUUUGAAGAAUUGUUGAACAUUCUUAGGGUUGAAGAUGAGGUUGCUGUAGAUAUUACUAUACUUAUAUUUACAAAUAUUGGUUAUGUUUUAGAAGGACAAUACCCUAAUAUUUGUGGGCGUUUGCAACCACUUUUAGAACGUUUUAUUGAGAAUGGUACAGUGAAACAGGCAAAACAUGCAGUAAAUUGUUUAAAUGUUAUGAUUACAAAUAAAGAGAGAGUAUUUGGACAAAUAAUUGAUCGUUUAAAGACAAGUCUGACGCUUCAGUCAGAAUAUUUCCGUACAGCUCUUGUUUCAUUGGGCCACAUUGCUUUGGUUUGUCCUGAUAUGUUUGGGAUGCAGAUUAAAAGUAUUGUUUCCAAAGUUGUUGUAAAAGACUUGUUGAUGGUAGAUUUUGAAAUAACAAGACCUGAUAAUGCUAUGUGGGUUGAUUUUGAUUUAUUACCUGAAGAGACCAAAGUAAAGGUUGAAGGUAUGAAAAUGAUAGUACGAUGGCUGCUAGGACUAAAAAGUGCUGCCCAGUCAGGAGUUUCUACUUUACGACUCUUAACAACUGUGAUUUUGCAUAGAGGAGAUUUAAUGGAGAAAGGUCAUGUAUCACCUGCUGAAAGAUCUUGGCUGCGCUUGACUGCUGCUUCAUGUAUGCUAAAAUUAUGUCAAGAACCGAACUAUGCAGAAGUUAUUACUCAAGAGCAGUUUCAAGUAUUAGCUCUAGUAAUAAAUGAUGAAUGCUAUGAAGUCAGGGAGCGUUUUUCUCAGAAAUUACACAAGUCACUCAUGUUGUUGAAACUUCCUCUUGAUUUUAUGGCUAUUUUUACAUUAGGUGGCUUAGAAAAAAAUAAAGAGUUAAAGAGUCAAUUUAAAAAUUUCCUUUUAGCUAAUAUCAAUAAAAGAAGAGAAUAUUUGAAACAAAAUCCACUGACAACAGCUAAAUUAUAUAACUACUUGCCAGACUAUAUUUUGCCUUAUGCAAUUUAUUUGCUUGCUCACGAUCCUGCUUACAAGAAGUAUGAUGAUCUGAGUACAUUGAUGAAAUUAAAAGAUUGUUUAUGGUUUGUUAUGGAGCCUCUUAUGAAACAUGAUAACUACAGCUUCAGUUUUUUCAAGCGUUUAUUAGAAGCAAUAAAACAGACAAAAGAUAAACAGUGUCCAGAUGAUGAUAUUGCCAAUUUAAAACUUUAUGCCGUCAGUGAUCUUGCUUUGAGCCUUGUGAUUUCCAAAACCACGAACUUUGUUGUGAAAGAAUAUCCUGUAGAACCAACUUUACCCUCAAAACUUUAUACUGAACAAGACAAGUCUUACAUCAAUCUGAAAACUUACCUUCCACCAGAAUUGGUUGUUAACCCACCAAAAAAAUCUGGUUUAGAACUAGAAAUGCUUUUUGCAAAUGCACGAACUAAUGCAAGAAAAUCAGGCAAUGAUUCAGUUGCUGUGGAUAAUAAUGCUGGGCAAGGCACGAGUCAAAUUAUUUAUGAUCCUGAUAAUAACAUGCAUGAGAAUUCUAUGGAUAGUCAAGAUACUGAAAAUAACAGCAGGAAUGUCUUGAUUUCUGAGGGAGAAUAUGUUGAAAGUUCUGACCUGACCGAAUUAAGAAACGCACAAGUUGUAACAGUAGCUUCCAUUUCACCUGCUCCCACUCCCCCCACCACUACAAAACGUCCAAGAGGCCGUCCUCCUCGGCGCCAACCUGCUGCUUCCACACCUGCAGUGGUGAAUCCAGCAAGUAGCGCAGUUGAGAAUGAAAGUGAAAGUGUCUGUGAAAACACUCCUCCAAAUUCUGUGGACAAGCGGAAGCAUGACGGAGACUCCCAGUCUGAUGGUGAUUCCGAACACAAGAGACAAAGAGCUGAAGAAGAUACUAGUGAAGAAACACGAAGGAAAUAUCAGCAAUAUUGGGAUAAACAUUGUCCCACUCGUUUACAGACUAAAUUAAUUGAAGCCUCUAAAAGUUCUCCAAACUGUGGUCAGAACAAAAAUGAUAAAUCGACCAGGUCCGAUGAGCAAGGAGCUCGGUAGGCACUGUGUUACUGCAGUAUGUGGUUCAUUUAUAUUGAAACAUAUUUAAGGUGUCGAUCCCCAUUGUUUGUUUUUUUACUGGUUUCUAAAGUAUCUGUAUUCUUCAUGAAAGACCACAUUAAAUCUGUAUCAAGGAAAGGAAUUCAUCUCCCUCUUUCAUUUCAAACUGCUUUUUGAAUUCAUCUAAAGGCAACUGUGAAUGACUAUAGCAGUGUAUUGUUCAUGUUCCAUCAAACACUAGAAUAAAAAGCUAUUUUAAAGAAUGUCAAUAAAAAAAUUUUAAAAUUU